AUGAAAGAGUUGAAGAUUCUUGAAGACAAUUUGUAUGCAGUUCAACAACUUGACUCGUUUGGUCAGUUUCCGGGUCCAGGACUCUUGGAAAUCAAAACUCUCUACGAUGGAUCGUAUCAAGAAUGUAAUCGAAUCAGUGACAAAAAGUACAACACAAAUUACUGCUACCUUCUCAUAACUCCUGGGAAAAAUGUAUCGUGUGCAGUCACCAGUUCAACUCCAUUAUACGCAUCUUUACCAUUUCGUAUCGCAGUCUGUCUUCCAGAUUCUUGUGAUCAUCAAGAUAUGAUCAGCAUUUUUAAUCAAAUGUCACCUUAUCCGUUCACUGCAUGCAGUGCAUUUUGUGUGAGGAAUGAGGUUGAAAAAGACUCGGCGUUUUGGGGAUACACAAUUUUUUUGAUGGUGAUGGUUUCAAUUGCUAUUCUUGCUUCCUCAGUUGAUUAUACUAGAGAAAUAGUUUAUGGAAUCUCCAGUCAAAAAGAGGAAAACCUGGUCAUGAAGAUUCUUCUGACGUUCUCUUUCUGGACAAAUGCAGAAUUGAUUUUAUCCGUGAAGGAGCAAAAACCAGGAUUUAUCAAAUCUCUUGACUGCAUUCGUCUUCUAUCUAUGUGUUGGGUUGUCACAGGUCACUCAUUUUUGUAUCUCGCACUCGGAGAUACUUUGAAACCAGCUCUCGACUUUCCAAACCACAUCUGGAAUCACCUAUUACUCAGUGGAUUCGUUUCAGUUGAUACAUUUUUUGUACUAUCUGGAAUCGUUGUCGCUUACAUGUUCUUCAAAACCAAGCCGAGCAAGAAAAUGAUCUCGAAUCCAAUAACAUGGGUAUUGUUUUACGUUCAUCGUUAUUUGAGAUUAACUCCGCCAAUGAUGCUUUUCAUUGGAUUUUUCACUGUCUAUGCUCCGUAUAUUCAAGGAGCUUUUAGCGCGUCUCAAUUGAAUGUAAUUUUACCACAAGCCAAUCUUUGCAAAACAUACUGGUGGCAUAAUCUUCUCUACUUCAACAAUUUCGAUAAAACUACCGAAACAAACAGCGAAACAUGCUAUAAUAUCACUUGGUAUUUGGCAGUAGACACUCAACUUUAUCUCAUUGCUCCAAUAGUUCUGAUUGCACUCUACUUCUCAUUUGCUGCUGGAUCUGCUACUGUUGUUACUGGAUGUGUUGGAAGUAUCAUCACUACUUAUAUCCUCUAUGGAGAUUAUAAUCUGACUGCCGAUGGGUUUGGAAAUGGAAACGGGAAUGACUUCAAUAGAAUCGUCUACUCAAAACCGUGGAUUCGCUGCCCACCGUAUCUUGUAGGACUUCUCACUGGUUACCUACUGGCUACCUACGGAAACAGAAAGAUCAGAUUGAACUGGGUGUUAUGCAUAUGUGGAUGGAUGCUUGCUUUUGUUAUCACUGGUUUCUGUCUAUUUUCUACUUUCGAUUAUGAUAAAGGAACACAUUGGAAUGUGUUCACAAGAGCCACAUUUUACAACUUUGAUCGACUCGGAUGGGCAAUUUUCAUUUGUUGGGUUGUUGGAGCGAAUCACAUGGGAUGGGGUGGACCAAUCAAUAACUUCAUGUCGCACCCAAUUUGGCAACCAUUCGGAAGACUGUCGUAUUGUGCUUAUAUUGUUCAUUGGAUGGUGUUGUACUACUACUUGAAUGUCGGUGGACCUCUUCAUUUCUAUUCAACAUGGGAACAUGUAGGUAUUUUGUCUUUGGUAUAUUCGAUUACAAUUGACCAUUUGGCAGAGGUUUUAACUGAGGUUCUGAUAAAACUCGAAAAGAUGCUGAUCGAAUCUUUGAUUGGAGGAGUUGGACGAACAUCAUUGAAAGUUGAGAACAAUGGAAAACCAUCAGGAACAGAGUCUCCAAUUUUGACAAAGAAAGAAGCAGAGAGUCCAGUAUGGGGAAUUCCGAUAGAAGAGAGCAACAGGGAAGCUGAGAAGACAACUACUUUCAAGUAA